CCCAUCAUCCUCGGAGUCGAGCAGGUGCCGGCGGGGCUCGAUGUUCAGGACCCAUAACCUACUGUGCAAAAAAAUGGAUAUUGCCAAAGAUCCUACAGAGCAAUUUUUCUAGAGAUGAUGACUUUUUUCAUCAGGUGGGUGCAAGUGACUUUCUUGGGCAAAGUAGCUUUUUAGGUUCAAAGCAACAGUAAUUCAAUACGGCCUUGCUUGUUGAUUGAAAGAGAGCGGCCUACUACUUCUUCUCACUGCUCUCAGUAUAUUCAGUCUUCGAUUACAACUGAACAACAGCUACUUGUUUUGGCUCUUCAGUAGCCGCUCACGUCUACCAGUUUUCGUUGUAGGCCCACACCUAACCUACAUAAGCGCGAAGCGCAAUCGCAUCCUCAUCUAUUUUCUCUUUCGCUACCAAGCGAUUCCCACCACUGUCUCCACUAUUUAUAGCGACAAAUUGAAUCAGAAAAAAUGCCGAAAACGCUAAGAAAGAGGAGAAAUCAGCAGGUGUGCACGAGAAGGAAAAAGAAGGUUUUGAAUGUAAACGCGAAGCAGAUAGCGUGCCACACCCUAAGAAAACAUGUCAAGGGAAAGGAUAUGCCUUGGAGCCACCACUUGGAGAAGGUAAAGAAGUUCAUCAAUCGCAGGACAUUCGAUCAUGGAAGUAUCAACUGGACUUUGAAGUUUUUUCAAAAAUCGAACACACACUACAGUGACAGGAGGAGCUACACUUCCCGAAAGUCUUGUAGUCUUUAUUAAGUCCACAUACAUUUUUUCACAAAAAAAAACAGAUCAACAGCAAUCUGGCAUGCGCUAUCGGCGAGUCUUUUCCAGAAGAAGUCCCCACUGAGGCUCGGCAUAAACUCAAGCUGAAUGAGGUCGAAGUGCCACUAGUAGAAGCACUGUACAAAAAGCACGGCACCGACUUCUACAAAAUGAGCAUGGACCAUAAGGUGAACAAAUAUCAGUGGACGCAAGCGAAAUGUGAGAGGCUAGUGAAUGGGUAUUGCGUGCAAAAGACAGUCCCCCAAAGGACGAUGGAAGCGGAGAUGCUCAGCGGGAGAGGCAUCGACUUCAUCAAAGCAGCAGACUGGAAAUGCAAACAAAGAAAUAUCUAUGGCCAUUGAUUUUGAUUGACAACUGCCUUCAUGAUCAUUCAGAAGAUUCAUUUCUCACUGUUCGAGAGGAACCUCCUAUCUUGUUGUAAACCUAGUGCAAAUGCAGAAAUCAGAUGAAUUUGCUUUUGUGCGGCGACC